AAAGAGGUCUGGCUGACAAAAAGAAAAAAAAAAAGAAAAUUGUGAAUAGCUGGCUUACUCUAUAGUCAAUAUGUCCCCAAUGAUAAAAGAGUUUUUACAUUGAUUUAAUAUCAUUUUAUCACACUGUUUUCUCUGAAUCUGAACAGCUGAUUCAGACCUACAGUUUAGACCCCAUUUCACUCAUAACUUUGUACUAAAUGUCAAGUUACUGCAUUUUGCCUUGGAUUUGCGGUGUUGUAUGUCCUUAUUUAAGAUAGCUAGGUAAAGGUGUGCGUGUGUGUGUGUGUGUGUCCAGUUCACUGACUGACCAGCUGUGAGAAACACUGAGCAAACAGACAAUCAUCUAAUGAUCAACAGACAGGGAAGACAAGCAGGGAGGAGCGGCGUGUGAGAUGGAGGAGCGUGUGGGAGAAUCGAGAGAUUCGUGUGUGUGUGUGUGUGUGUGUUUGAUCUCUGUGUCCGCGCAGACGCUCCGGCUCGCUCACGCAUCAUGCAGAGAGCAGAGAAAACCCUGUCACCCCAGCUGCCUUAAUGCCCGGUGACGAUGCAGCCCUUCUGACCCCGGGAAGGAUGAGUCAGCGUGGGAAGGAGGCGGGGCUGCACACGCCCAGUAAAGACCUGCUCACAAGCCCCUCCCUCAGCCCGGGCGUCAGCUACAGCCACGGUUUUGAUCGUGGCAAAGAGGAAAUCCUGCCUCUGAAAGAAGACUCUUCACACUCCAUAUCCAAGAGCAAGUCGGAAACCAAGCUCUAUAAUGGCUCAGAUAAAGACAUAUCGGUGUCUGGAAACAAACUUACUAAGAAGGAGUCACUCAAGGUGCAAAAGAAGAACUACAGAGAAGAGAAGAAACGCGCCACUAAAGAGCUGCUCAGUACCAUCACUGAUCCAUCUGUCAUUGUCAUGGCCGACUGGCUCAAGAUUCGAGGCACGCUGAAGAGCUGGACCAAGCUGUGGUGUGUGCUGAAGCCAGGAGUCCUGCUCAUCUAUAAGACCAAUAAGAACGGCCAGUGGGUCGGGACUGUCCUGCUCAACGCCUGCGAGCUCAUCGAGAGACCCUCCAAGAAGGACGGUUUCUGCUUCAAGCUCUUCCACCCGCUUGAACAGUCCAUCUGGGCCGUCAAGGGUCCUAAAGGAGAAGCUGUGGGCUCCAUCACUCAGCCGUUACCCAGCAGCCACCUGAUCUUCAGAGCAGCUUCAGAAUCAGACGGCCGCUGUUGGAUGGACGCUCUUGAAUUGGCUCUGAAAUGCUCGAGUUUGCUGAAGCGAACGAUGAUCCGAGAGGGCAAAGAGGAGACGACGCAGACCGCAGAGCACUCGCAUAUCAACUUCUACAGUCUGCUGAGGGCACACAACAUGCAGGGCUUUCAGUUUAACGACAGCGACCAGUUUAAGGAUCCGGACCUGUACUCGGAUAAGUCAGACCGUGAGAACGAGCAGGAGCAGGAGGAGUGGGAAAACGAGGUGAUGGAGAAAAGUGAAGAGAGCGACAGCGACACAUCAGAGCGGCAGGAAGACUCGUACAUCGACCUGGAUCCCAACGAGACGCUGCGGGAAACGACGUACAUCGAGCAGAGCCACGAGGAGCUGGGAGAGGCUGGCGAAGCGGCUCAGACAGAGACGGUAUCAGAGGAGAAUAAAUCUCUGAUCUGGACUCUCCUGAAGCAGGUUCGGCCCGGCAUGGACCUGUCCAAAGUGGUGCUGCCCACCUUCAUCCUGGAGCCACGGUCCUUCCUGGACAAACUGUCCGAUUACUACUAUCACGCCGACUUCCUGUCCGAAGCGGCGGUGGAGGAAAACGCUUAUAACCGCAUGAAGAAAGUGGUCAAAUGGUACAUUUCUGGAUUCUACAAGAAGCCAAAGGGUUUGAAGAAACCGUACAACCCCAUUAUUGGAGAAACAUUUCGCUGUUUAUGGAUCCACACCAAAACCAACAGCAAAACCUUCUACAUCGCCGAACAGGUAUCCCAUCAUCCUCCGGUUUCAGCCUUUUACGUCAGCAACAGGAAGGAUGGCUUUUGUCUGAGCGGCAGCAUCCUGGCCAAGUCCAAGUUUUACGGAAACUCUUUGUCGGCCAUCUUGGACGGUGAAGCCAGGUUGUCGUUUCUGAACAGAGGAGAGGAUUACGUGAUGAACAUGCCCUACGCACACUGCAAAGGGAUCCUGUACGGGACUAUGACUCUGGAGUUGGGCGGUCAGGUGUCCAUCGCCUGUGAGAAAACAGGCUACAGCGCUCAGCUGGAGUUCAGACUCAAGCCGUUCCUCGGCAGCAGUGAUAUCUUGAAUCAGAUCAGCGGGAAGAUCAAGCUCGGGAAGGAGGUGCUGGCGACACUUGAGGGGCACUGGGACAGUGAAGUCUUCAUCAAUGAUAAGAAGACGGGUGAGAUGGAGACGUUUUGGAACCCGACGCCGGACCUGAGGCAGACCCGUCUGAUCCGCUGCAUCGUCCCUCCUGAAGAACAGGGCGAGUUUGAGUCCGAGAGGCUGUGGCAACAUGUGACACGGGCCAUCAAUAACAGGGACCAGACAGAGGCGACCAAUGAGAAGUUCAUCCUGGAGGAGGCUCAGAGGAAGGCGGCACGCGAGCGCAAGGCCAAGUGUGAGGAGUGGAUGCCCGCUCUGUUCGAGCAGGACCCGGCCACCGGAGAGUGGCAUUACCGCUACGCCGACACUCGUCCUUGGGAUCCGCUCAACGAUCUGAUUCAGUUCGAGAAAGACGGCUGUGUUCAGACCAAAGUGCGCCACAGGACGCCUAUGGUACGUUCAGCCAGUGUAGUUAGUCUCAGUACCCAGCAGGGCUCCCGGAGGGACAAUUACCUGAGCCAGGUGACGGGACCAAAGCGGAAACAUAAGAGCGACAAACCUAAAAGUCCAGAAAGUGGCUGCUCGUCUCCGGAGCCGGACCGCCAGGACUCUUCAGGCAGCGAGAGACACAAGAGCAAACACAACAGCCGCCUCAGAAAGAAAGGAACAGAUCUGAGUGAAAUCCAAAGUGCCAUUGAGUCGAUCAGACAAACCCAGGAAGACAUUAACAGGAACGUCAACGCUUUGAGGAGUCGAGUGGCGAGUCAGUCGUCGACGGAAAGUUCAUUCCUGACGCAGAGAGACGUGGCCAUCAUCCUCUUCCUCAUCUUCCUCCAGGUCCUUCUGAACUUCAUCUUUAAGUAACGGUCGAGAUUGACCCAGAAACCUCACUCCAUCCCUUCAGCACUCCAUCCUUCAGUCAGUAUCGCCUCGUGACACAGACAGUUUCGUUUUUUAUGGAUUUGUGUUGCGAUCGCUGCGAAAGGACAGCCAAUAUUGGACUGAAGUGCAUUGUGGGAUGUUUUAGAAAUGGCUGUUUACUUUUAUUCUUCAAAAUGAGGAACUGUCAUCAGCCUCAUAACCUUUUAGGCCAUUGUUUUAAUUGAUUUUAAUAAUAUUUUUACCCAUCAUCAGCGCCCCCUGCUGUCGCGGAGGACUUCAGUUGACGUACUAAUGAAAUAUUAUCAAACUAUUUUUCCCCCUAAAAUUAGAAAAUAAAUAUAAAUAUUUUGCUUAACAAAAACCCUAUUCUACACAUUUGGUUUCUACUAGUUUUGUUUUUUAUGAAUUUGUGUUGCGAUUGCUGCGAAAGGAUGGCCAAUAUCGGGCUGAAGUGCAUUGUGGGAUGUUUUAGAAAUGACUGUUUACUUCUUUUCUUCAAAACGAGGAAAUCUCAUCAGCUUCUUAACCAUUUAAACCAUUGAUUUAUUUAUUUUUAUUAAAAUGUUUAUCCUCCAUCAGCGCCCCCUGCUGUAGUGGAGGACAUCAGUCGAUAUACAAACUAAAUAUGAUCAGAUCUAGGUCACCCCCCCCCCCCUAAAAUUAGGAAAAAUAUGUAUUUUACUUAACAAAAACCCUGUUCUACAUAUUUUGCAUUGUGCUAUUAUUUUCAUGACAAAUAAGCACAUUUCUCCCCAGACUGUCAUGACUAAAGUGCAAACAAAAAAAAUCUUGUUCUCUUCACUGUUAUCCAAAAAAAUAUGAAUUUUUAUUAGUAUUUGUACGUAAUAGUAUUCAUUGCACUGCCUGAUUUAAAUACAAUUUUACUGACACGUUACAGCAAUGAAAAUAUGGAAAUGCUCUCCUAAAACAAAAAUAUUUUGAUUUCUUAAAAUUUUUCGAGGGCUGAAACACAACCAGGACUUUUCUCCCAAGUUUCACUCGCAUAUAAAACUUAAAAGGGUUCAAGUCUUCUGAUGUUACUUGUAUUUUAUGACAUUUUUAUUAAACGAAUGAAGGAUG